AUGUUUGCGAUAUUGUAUAUAUAUAUAUUUAAAACGAAAGUUGAUUUUGAUAAAAUGUCGCAUGCAUCUAUUGAAGAAUCAAAUAAAAAUUCCGAUAAUGAUGAUGAAUUUACUGAUGAUGAUUUUAUUUUAGAAGAAGGUGAUAGUGAAUAUGAUUCAAAGUCAAGUAACUCUGAAUCCGAUUCCUGUUAUGAUUCAGGUGAUAAAAAAGUUAUUGAUUCUUUAAAGAGAAAAAAAGGAAAUAAUGAUGAUUUUUCUUGUAAAAACUAUAACGGUGUUAAAACUAGAAGUCAAAGAAAUCGAAAUGAAAAAGUUUUUAUAUCUACACCUAAGUCUUCUCAAAUUGACGUAAAUGUUAUAUGGAAUAGUAUGAAUGACAAGAAACCUUCAAAUGAGGCUGAUUAUAGGCCCUAUAAUUCUUCUGAAGAGAAAGUAAAAAUAUCUAGAAUAUACGAAUUUGCUGGAAAGGUUGAAACAGAAGAGAAGUUUGUUCCGAAGGAUUCUUUAGAAGCUAAAGUGCAUUUUUCUAGUCUAAAUGAUUCCAAGAUAACUCAAUUUCCUUUAAGGAAGCCAACGAAACGAUUGUCUUCUUUAGAAAUUUCAAAUAAUAAGCCAGUGAAAUUGAACACAUUAGAAAAGUCUAGACUUGACUGGGCAAAAUUUGUAGACAAAGAAGGAAUAUCUGAGGAAUUAAAAAAUGCAUCUAAAGACGGUUAUAUGGAUAAACAAUUGUUUCUUCAAGUAGCUGAGGAAAGAAUGAUUAAAAACAUUAAGGAAAGCAUGAAAAAAUGAUUUGUUUAAAUGAUUAUUUAUAAUAUAUUUUUGA